CUUAUUGAUGACAUAGGUAAACUUGCACUUCCUACUUCCCAGGAUUGCUUUAUUGAUCAUUCGAGGUAAUAUAGUUAAUUCUGUGUGACUCAAAAGUAACAUCAAAGUGUAGACUAUUCAGAGGAGUAUGAAAAAAGAUUUUUCCUUGGAUUUUGACUCAGUAUGUGAGUACCACUAAUUUCUGGCAUGGAUUGGAAAAAUCUGAGGGCUAAAUGGAAUAUUCUGUCUAGUUUUUACAUUGCUGAAAAGCUGAAAAUGGCUUUUAUAUUUUUAAGUACAAUAAAAUUUAGAAAUGUAAAAAUUUUUAGAUGAGGAACGGGGGGAGAGAAGAAAGAGAAGAGAAGGGAUCAGAUUUGACCAAAUCUGUGGUAACUUUGGAUAAUGAAUGAAAUACUGUUAAUUUGCUUUUUUAGAAACCAGUAAAGAAUUUAGCAGGUGGGCAUAAUAAUUGGCUUUCCUACUUUGUGCAUCAUGUUGCAUGAAUCUGCAAAAUGAAGGGAUAGGAAUCUACGGACAUUUAUAGCUAUAUGCGGUGACCAUUAAAAAUUAUUUAACAUGAUUGGUGUCAAAGAGGCUGGACAAUAAAUCUCUAGAGAUAAGAAAUGCUAAUUGCUGUCCUAAGAACACUCAGGCAGAAGAAAAAAACUUUUGUAAAAACCCUGUAUUUAGUUUGAUUCAGAGUUUGUUACCUUCUGAAACAUAUUGAGUUAUCUGUUAUUAUUAUAAAUGAUAUUUGUAACUUCUAAUCCAGCUCUGCUGGACAUGUGGGUUUUGUGGAAUUUUGAACUAUUCACUAUAGUGCGAAUCUUACAGGUUUUGAAGGAAAGAAGAAUGCAGGUGAUUUAUAGAGGGUUGAUUUGUAGGAGCAAUUAAAGGUUUGCAUGAUUUUAGGAAGUAAGAGAGGUUUUGGAGAGUAGGAAGAAGAGGUGGGGAAGAGAGAAACAGGAGAGAAUCCUUUGUCUUAAAAGCCUUAACCUACCAGUCAAGAUGGCGCUGUCAGUGGAUUCUUCUUGGUAUCGCUGGCAAGAACGAGUUAAGGAUGACUUCUCUCAGACUCCUUCAGAAUCCACCCCACUGUUGUCCGAGGCUAAAGAGAAACAGAGCUACAAUCUGAGUCAACAACGGAUUGUUUUUCCUAACAACAAGAUGUUUCACCAAGACUGGGCAAAAGUUUCCAAGUUUUACUCUGGCAACAGGAUCCACACCACCAAAUACACCCCAUUCAACUUUGUACCCAGAAACCUCUUUGAACAGUUUCACAGGUGGGCUAAUCUCUACUUCCUCUUCCUGGUGAUUCUGAACUGGAUACCAUCUCUGGAAGUUUUCCAAAGAGAAAUUACCAUGUUACCUUUAACUGUUGUGCUGUUGAUCAUCAUGGUGAAAGAUGGUGUGGAGGACUAUAAGAAAUAUAGAUUUGACCGAGAGAUCAACUCCUCCAACAUUCAAAUAUAUGAAAAGAAGGAGCAAGACUAUGUUCAGAAGCAUUGGAAGGAUGUUCGAGUGGGAGACUUUGUCCAACUUCAGUGCAAUGAGAUCAUCCCAGCAGAUAUCCUUUUACUCUUCUCUUCUGAUCCCAGUGGAGUCUGCCACCUGGAAACUGCCAAUUUGGAUGGGGAAACCAAUCUCAAGCAAAGGCGUGUUGUGAAGGGCUUCUUGCACCAGGAGCCUCGGUUUGAACCAGAACUCUUUCAGAACAAGAUUGUGUGUGAGAAACCCAACAAUAACCUCAGUAAAUUCAAAGGUUAUAUGGAACAUCCAGAUCAGACCAGGACUGGCUUUAACAGCGAGAGUCUUCUGCUCCGUGGUUGCACCAUCAGGAACACUGAAGUGGUAGUCGGGAUUGUCAUCUAUGCAGGCCAUGAAACAAAAGCUAUGCUGAACAAUAGUGGCCCACGGUACAAGCGCAGCAAGAUCGAGCGUCAGAUGAACAUGGACAUUUUCUUCUGUGUAUGGAUCCUCUUCUUCAUGUGCCUCAUUGGAGCUAUAGGUCAUGGCAUUUGGAAGGGGAAAUUUUCAAGACUUCCUCCCUUUGAUGUUCCAGAUGCUAAUGGAAGCUUCCCUCCAGUUGCUCUUCAGGGAUUCUACAUGUUUCUUACCAUGAUCAUCCUGCUACAGAUCCUGAUCCCAAUUUCUCUGUACGUAUCCAUUGAAUUGGUGAAACUUGGUCAAGUUUUCUUCUUACACAAUGACAUUGACUUGUAUGAUGAAGAAGCUGAUCUAUCCAUCCAGUGCCGAGCCUUUAACAUCACUGAAGACUUGGGACAGAUUCAGUACAUCUUCUCAGACAAAACUGGGACUCUGACAGAGAACAAAAUGGUAUUCCGGCGUUGCACCAUUAUGGGCAAUGAAUUUUCCCACCAAGAAAAUGCCAAACGUCUAGAGACUCAGAAGGAAGUAGAUUCAGAUGACGAUGACUGGACCAAAUGUCAGUAUGGGGCCUUAUCAAGUAUUGAUACAGUGAGAUGCCCAGGAAGAGCCAAGCCCCUGAGGAGGAGCCAGAGUGCCCGUGCCCAUUUCCAGUGUCAUACUCGACACAGGUCCGUGGGGAGAUGUGACAGUGCCCAGUCUGCUGUGGCCUUCAGCAGUACCAUAGAAAAGGAUGUAACUCCAGACCAAGGUCUCUUGACAAAGGUGAAAGAUGCCACCUUGAAACUGGAAACUUUGACAGCCCACAAGGUCACCAAACCUUCGCUCUCCACAGGGUCUUCUAUCACUGAUUUCUUCCUUGCACUGGCCAUCUGCAACUCUGUCGUGGUCUCCACAUCAACUGAACCCAGGCAGCGGGUCAUCAUCCCACCACAGAUGAAAUCUCUAGGAGCUUCCCUAGAGAAAAUUCACCAGCUGUUCCAGAAGCUUAAACUCUCCAGCCUCAGCCAGUCCUUCUCUUCCACUGCUCCGUCUGACCUUGGAGAAAGUUUAGGACCAAACCCCACAGUUGUAGAUUCAGAUGAGCAAGAUGACUUAUCCAGUAAUAGCUGUGGAUAUUCAACAGGUAUUAGCUACCAAAGCAGCUCCAGAGAAGAAGUCAUGGGCAAGCAGGACAUCUUGGGAGCUGGAAGCUCCUCCUUGGAAGAUGUACUAGAUUCAGUGAUACCAGAGCCAGAAUUUUGUUAUGAGGCUGAGAGCCCAGAUGAAGCUGCCCUCGUGCAUGCUGCUGGGGCCUACAACUUUACCCUGGUAUCCAGAACCCCAGAUCAAGUGACUGUGCGUCUGCCCCAGGGGACACUUCUCACCUUUGACCUCCUCUACACCCUGGGUUUUGACUCUGUGAGGAAGAGGAUGUCAGUGAUUGUAAGGCAUCCCUUGACUGGUGAGAUCAUUGUCUACACCAAGGGAGCUGACUCAGUCAUAAUGGAUCUGCUGGAAGACCCUGACAAAGCAAAAGACCCUAUUGCAGAGAAGAAACUGAGAAAAAUCAGGGCCAAGACUCAGAAACACCUUGACUGGUAUGCAAAAGAUGGGCUACGUACACUCUGCAUCGCCAAGAAGGUCUUAAAAGAAGAAGAUUUUCAGAGGUGGGUCAAUUUCCGCCAUGAGGCUGAAGCAUCCUUUGACAACCAAGAUGAGCUACUAAUGCAGACAGCCCAAUAUUUAGAGACUCAACUCACCUUGCUGGGAGCAACUGGGAUUGAAGAUCGACUGCAAGAGGGUGUGCCAGAUACCAUUUCUGCAUUGAGAGAAGCAGGGAUCCGAAUCUGGGUCUUGACAGGAGACAAGCAGGAAACAGCUGUCAAUAUUGCACAUUCCUGUAAACUCUUGGACCAAACAGAUACUGUUUAUACCAUUAAUACAGAAAGUCAGGAAACCUGUGAAUCCAUCCUUGAUUGUACUUUAGAAGAGGUGAAGAGAUGUUAUGACACAAGAAAAGCAGAACACAAGUUUUGGGGCAUCUGUCUUCCUCCUCAGGCACCAUCUUCCACCAUAGAAGCUGCAGGUCCAAACAUUGGGCUAGUGAUUGAUGGAAAGACUUUAAAUAUCAUUUUCCAAGGGAAUCUGGAGAAGAAGUUUCUGGAGUUGACCAAAUAUUGCCACUCAAUCUUAUGCUGUCGAUCUACUCCACUCCAGAAGAGCAUGAUAGUCAAGCUGGUGCGGGACAAGUUGAAAGUAAUGACUCUAUCCAUAGGUGAUGGUGCAAAUGAUGUGAGCAUGAUUCAAGCUGCUGAUGUUGGAAUCGGGAUAUCUGGACAAGAAGGCAUGCAGGCUGUAAUGUCCAGUGAUUUCGCCAUCAGUCGAUUCAAACACCUCAAGAAGCUAUUACUUGUGCAUGGCCACUGGUGCUACUCACGUUUGGCAAGGAUGGUUAUUUACUACUUCUACAAAAAUGUGUGCUAUGUCAACCUUCUCUUUUGGUAUCAAUUCUUCUGUGGUUUUUCGGGUACCACGAUGAUUGAUUACUGGCAGAUGAUAUUCUUCAACCUCUUCUUCACCUCCUUACCACCCCUUGUGUUUGGGAUCCUAGAUAAAGACAUCUCUGCUGAAACUCUGCUGGCUCUGCCAGAACUCUACAAGAGUGGACAGGAUUCUCAGUUCUACAAGCUGCCAACUUUCUGGAUUGCUAUGUUGGAUGCUUUCUAUCAGAGCCUCAUCUGCUUCUUUAUCCCUUAUUUGGCCUACAAGGACUCUGAUAUUGAUAUCUUCACUUUUGGAACUCCCAUCAAUACUAUCUCCCUCACCACACUAUUGUUACACCAGGCAAUGGAAAUGAAGACAUGGACAUUCAUCCACGGGUUCGUGCUCAUAGCUAGCUUCCUGCUUUAUUUUUUGGUCUCCAUCGUGUACAAUGCCAUCUGUGUCACCUGCAACAGCCCAACCAACCCCUACUGGAUUAUAGAGAAGCAGUUAUCAGACCCCACCUUCUACCUCUUGUGCUUCCUUACACCUGUUGCUGCCCUUUUUCCAAGGUAUUUUAUCUUGGCUCUGAAAGGGACCUGUGGUAAGUCAUCCCUUCUGGAAGCUCAGAAACUGGACAAACUUCCCAAAGAGAAAAAGAAGCUGGCUAUCCAAGAAUGGAAGAAAGAAAAAGAGAGAAUAUCUACAGCCUGCCAAGCAGCUCUAUCCCCUGGAAAUGCCAGCCUGGGUCACCUUCAGGUCUCCCCUUUCACAGGACAGGAAUCAAGGGAUAAUUCCCUAAAAGACACCCCCUCUCCCAUGAAAAGACAUGCUGGUGACUGGGUGCUUAAUAGAGAUAGAAGUAGCCCCUAUCCUUGCCCAGGUCAUGUGGGGUAUAAUAAAAGCUCGCCUAGUUCUUCAGUAAGACCCUCCCCAGAUGAACACCUCUUGGGAUCUAGUGGAUCUGAAGCUUUUGGAAUAUUCAAGGACACACAGACUGGCAGCCCAGGAGCCUCAAGCAGAGGGAGCCACCGCCGAUCCCAGAGCUCACUGACUAUAUGAAGGGCUUUGUGCACAUGAGGGACAAACUCCAAACACAUUGACCUAACGCAUGUUAUCGGUGACCUCAAGCAAGUCACAAUCCUUCCUGGGCAAGUAAAAGAAGAGUGGACAGGCUUGAUUCUUUUUUCUGUUAGAAUAAUGAGCACGCAUGGUGUGUUAGGCAGCCCAUCUUACCAAAAGGAGUCAUUUGUUUUUUUCUCAGGAUGGAAAAAUACUUCCAUAUACUGUGAGCUAGGCAACUCUUUAAGAGAUGGCCCUCAACCAUCUAGCUCUGAGAAUAUACCUAGACACUGAAUCAUUCUAAUGAACUGCUUGUAGGGGUGAAGCUCUUCUUACAUCCAUAAUUUGGCUCACACACCAUUACCAUCCCCCAGGCAUUUCUCCUUUUGUGUUGGAGAAUUAAAAUUUCAGGAGAUAUAGGCCCAGUGUUGGAGCAAAGGAAUCUGAGUUUCUUCCAAAAAUGAGGCCUUCUACCCAGAGGCCCACACUUUCCUAUAUCACUAAGUAGGUCCAAUUACCAUUUACCCUUUAAGAUAAACUUGUUACUGCACCUUGCCACUUUUCUUCCCCAUGAAGAAUGUAUUUGAAUUAAUUACUUUAGAUAGCUAUUUUUUGAGGAGGGAAAGGAUAGAGGGAGAGAGGUUGAGAAAAAGAGUGACAGACAUACAGAGAGAGACACAAAGAAAGAGAACUUAGCAUUCAUCAUUGUUAAACCUAGAUAAACUUAUCACAUUAGAUAUAGACAAAAGGAUAAAACAGAAUCAAACAGGAUUUCUUUUGGAUAAUCAAAGUGUGAUGGGGAGAGAAAGAUAAAAAAUAUACUCACAAAAACCACGUAGCCAAGCCUAAGAAGAGGAGAUGAAGGAAGGACUGGGACAACAUAAAAUAUCAAGAAGGGUGUAGAUAGGAUUCAGUCCUCAUUCAAUUAACAAACAUUUUUUAAGCACAGAUGACCUUGUUCACCUAAAACUGGGAACAUUAGAACUUGGUCACAUCAAAUUGACACUUGAGUUAGUUUAGGGACAUACAAAAAAGUCUUGCUUCACACAGUGAGUGAAAUGUUCAGGAAACUCAUCACCUUUAGAAUAGGUCAAGGGCUGAAAAUAUGAAAAGGAUUCAAAGUGUUUUAAUGAUAGAACUGUUAAAAAAAAAAGAUUUUUAAAGUAAGCUAGGUAUGUUUCAAGAAUGUGCUCAAUCAUGUGAUGAGAUUACUGUGGAAGGUUAACAUGAGGUGUACUCCCCUGAUUGUCUAUCAGAGACAAAGCAACAGACUUGAGGGACUAGAAAUUUAUGUAAUAAUUCUUAUGGCUUUAUGGUCAUAGAAGGAGAGAAGAAAAAGUCUUGUGAUUUCAUUGGUAUAAGGAAUUCCCAACAAGAAAUCUCUCUACUAAUGCAUAUCAGCAACUCACCCACUAUUUAUUCUUCAAGAGUUUCCUAAGUCUAUAAGUUGUUGUGACUUGCUUAGAGUGACACAGCAUACAUCAGAAACUCAGGACUUCUUGACUCUUAGGCUAGCUUCCUAUUCUUUUAGAAUAUGGAAAUCCUUGGAGCACUGCAAUAUUUGCAAUCCCCAAGUCAUCAUGGACCAUGGGAAAAAAAAAAAACCUCCAUUAGGAGGCUAGAAUAUAUCCCAUUGCCAGGGGGCAAUUGACUGAGCCAGUCUUUUCCUUACUUAACUCUAAAACUUGAGGAGCCAUUCAAGGCUUUCUGAUCUGGUCACACUGUGCCUAGAAUUAGUUUAUCAGAGUAUCUCUACCUCUCACAUCCUAUUCAAUCCAGUGUCACCAACACUGGAUAAUUGGUUAAUUGUUGAUGUUUUCUGUACUGCUAAGGAAAACAAUAACAAUACAACUUUUCAUGAUAGAAAGGAAAUGGCCAAAAUGCAAAAGUUAUCAAUACCUCACCUUCUGCCUCCUGCUUGUCUACAGCACUGCACAUGUCAAAAAAAUUUCCAAGGUUAGAAGCUAGUGUAUUAUUUCAGAGCUGUAGGGAACAGUAGUGACUAUGAUAGACAACCAGAUCUGCUUGCCUAAAUGCCAGGUUGCACAAAACACUAUGCUGAGGGCAUAGCAUUUGUCAGAAACCUUGUCAAGGUCUCUGUUCCCCCUUAACCCCUUUUAUAAAAAUAAAACCAAAUGUGAUUAUCCAACUUGUCUUCUAACUCAGGCAAAAGACUAACUAUAUGGGAUUUUUCCCUUUAUAUCUGAUAAUUCAUAUUAAUGUUUGUAUUUAAUGUAUUUUAUACUCUUUACCUGUUUUUGACUGACUAGAGAUAUACGUAUCAUUUCUCUUGGAGGGAAAAAAUAAAUGGUUUCCAAUAGGUAGCCAUUAAUGAAAAUUG